ACUCUCCGCGCUGUGCACGACUCGUCGCUCCGCUGUUCCACGUACCGGGCUCGGUUGACGUAAUGGUUAAAGUGGUCCCUCAGUGGGCGGGGCCACCGCGGCUCUGGCCCGGAGUCUGGCCCACAUUUGCUUGAGAGUGAGUGAAAGUUUAGAGAGAAGGGGCAGUAGCAGCAGCAGCCUUUGGGCUUUGGGCUUUGGGCUUUGGACUGAACACGCAUACUAUUGCUGAAGCCUGCAGGAACGCACAGCGUCAGUGGGGAUUACCCUGAGAACCGAGUAGAAAAUUUCAACCAAAAUGCUGGCCACUCAGUACCUACCCCGCUGUGCUGUCAUUCUAUUAGUGCUAUUUAAGCUGGCCCUUGCCCAGUACGAGCACCUUGGCUACCCACUGGGCUAUCCCGAGCCAGAGCAGGAACACUACACUGCCCCGCAGCUGUCACCAGACACACCCAGGAUUCAGCUCCGACUGGCAGGAGAUAAGAGGAAACACAACGAGGGCCGCGUGGAGGUUUUCUACAGCGGCGAGUGGGGAACUGUUUGUGAUGACGACUUCACUAUCCAUGCAGCUCAGGUGGUGUGCCGUGAGCUGGGCUACCUGGAGGCCAUCUCAUGGUCACCAUCAUCAAAAUAUGGGAAAGGACAAGGACGCAUCUGGUUCGACAAUCUCCACUGCACUGGCAAAGAAAAGACCUUAGCGCUGUGUCCAUCCAAUGGGAUUGGUGUUUCAGACUGCAAACACAGUGAAGAUGUGGGUGUGCUUUGCAGCGAGAGGAGGAUACCGGGAUUUAAAUUUGUCAACACCCUGCCCAACCAUGUAGAGAACCUUGAUAUACAAGUGGAGGACGUGCGCAUACGAGCUAUCCUGUCUUCAUACCGUAAGCGGAUCCCUGUAACAGAGGGUUAUGUGGAGGUCAAGGAUGGUGGUAAAUGGAAGCAGAUCUGUAACACAGAGUGGACCCAGUUCAACAGCAGAGUUAUCUGUGGCAUGUUUGGCUUUCCUGGGGAGAGGAGGUACAAUGCCAGAGUUUACACGAUAUUUGCUCGCAGGAAAAAGCCCUCAUUUUGGGACUUCUCUGUCAACUGCACUGGCAAUGAGGCCCAUUUGUCCAGCUGUAAACUGGGCCAUAUUACAUCACUGAAGUCCAAUGGGACCUGUGUUGGAGGACUGCCUGUGGUGGUGAGCUGUGUGCCCGGGAAAGCCUUCACUCCGACUCCUAUGACGAAAUUUAGAAACGCCUUCAGACAAGAGCAGCCCUUGAUUCGUCUUCGCGGUGGGGCCAUUGUAGGGGAGGGCCGAGUGGAGGUGUUGAAAAACGGAGAGUGGGGCACCAUAUGUGAUGACAACUGGAACCUGCUGGCUGCCACUGUGGUGUGUCGAGAGCUGGGCUUCGGUACGGCAAAGGAGGCCCUGUCUGGAGGUCGCCUGGGACAAGGUAUGGGCCCGGUGCAUAUGAAUGAGGUGAAGUGCUCUGGUUUUGAGAAGUCUGUUACAGAGUGCGCUUUCAACAAAGAGGUUCUGGGUUGCAGCCAUGAGGAGGAUGCAGGUGUCAGGUGUAAUGUCCCUGCUAUGGGCUUCCAAGAGAGGCUGCGUCUGAAUGGAGGUCGUAACCCCUAUGAGGGCCGUGUGGAGGUGCUGGUGGAGAGAAACGGCUCUCUGGUGUGGGGGACAGUGUGCGGUGAAGGCUGGGGAAUCAUGGAGGCCAUGGUGGUCUGCAGACAACUGGGCCUGGGCUUCGCCAGCAAUGCUUUCCAGGAGACGUGGUAUUGGCCAGGUGAGGUGAGUGCAGACGAUGUGGUGAUGAGUGGCGUUCGCUGCUCUGGAACUGAGAUGUCUCUGUCCUACUGCUUGCACCAUGGGGACCACCUCAGCUGCCCAAGAGGAGGUGGACGCAAUGCCGCUGGAGUCUCCUGCUCUGAGACGGCCGCUGAUCUGGUGCUGCACCCUCAGGUGGUGGAGCAGACCACCUACAUGGAGGACAGACCCAUGCUCAUGCUUCAGUGUGCAUAUGAGGAGAAUUGUCUGGCCUCCACCUCCAGCCAGGUCCCAGCCAACUCCUACCGCCGCCUGCUGCGCUUUUCCUCCCAGAUCCACAAUAACGGCCAGGCUGACUUCAGGCCCAAAGCUAGCAGAGAGUCCUGGGUGUGGCACGACUGUCACAGGCAUUAUCACAGCAUGGAGGUGUUUACACACUAUGACCUGUUCAGCCUCAACGGAACCAAAGUGGCAGAAGGACACAAAGCAAGUUUUUGCCUGGAGGACACGGAGUGUGAUGAUGGUACUGAGAAAAAGUAUGAAUGUGCUAACUUUGGUGAGCAGGGUAUCACUGUGAGCUGCUGGGAUACCUACAGGCAUGACAUUGACUGCCAGUGGGUUGACAUCACUGACGUCAAACCUGGAGAUUACAUUUUCCAGAUAGUAAUUAAUCCAAACUAUGAAGUGCCAGAGUCAGACUACACCAAUAACGUCGUGAAAUGCAGGUGUCGAUAUGACGGCCAUCGUGUAUGGAUGUACAGCUGCCAUAAUGGUGGCUCAUUAGGCACUGAAUCGGAUCAGACGUUCCCUGGUCUCCUCAACAACCAGGUGGCCCAUAGGUAAAGCCAGAAUGGGAGAGGAAUCGACUAGCCGGUCCCUCAGGCAGGGAGACUGCCCGAAGCCCACCAACCAGUACACAUCCACAGCCCUGCCCUGGCCAGACAAUCUUUGUACGUUCCCUUCAUCCAUCUGGCAGCAGCUUCCUUUGACCCCCACCUCCACACUGUUUUCUCUCAGCAGAAAGAAAAUAUUUGAUUCUUCCUCCUGUCCAAACAGAGGCAGGUACAGCCUUACCAAUUAAUAUCCAGAGUACAGCAAAGCUCUGUGCAUGCCCUCUUUUUGGAAUGAAUAAUGAAUUAAACCUGCUGGGAAGUGGCAGGUAUUUUACACAAGGUGCAGUUCUCGGGGGCGUCAUCGAGAAUGUGUCUCCUUUAAAGUGCAGGACUCCAACAGAGCCCUGCUGCAGUAGUUUUUGUUCAAAGCUCACCCUGGUGAGUGCAGAUUGACUGGAAUCAUCGCUAACAACAGCAGAGCAGUCUGCGUUCUUCCACCUUUCAACAGUUUCAUAAAGUACCUUUUACACACUCAAGUCCACUUACACCAAGGUCAUGCCACACAGGCAAAUGAGCAUUUCUUUUACAUAUCAGCUAUUUAAGCUUAACUACAUCCUCACUGAUGAGUUUGUGCAAAUUAGGCUGUGGCACAAGCAAGUUCCUAAAAAGUAAACAGCCUACUCAUCACCAAUUACUAGUGCUAACUGCUUGGUCCAGCUGUAACAGGGCAGAAACCUUAACUACUCAAGUAAAAGUCACUGGGGCAUUUGUUUUCUGAUUUGCACUGUAGACUAUACAUUGGAAAUUCUCAUUUCCAAGAGCAGAUCCUGUGGGGGAGGUGGUGCUGCAAAGUGAGUUGAGAGAAGUUUGUCCAAGAAUAAAAUUAUGCGAGCAAAGAUGUUUUAUUUUCUACAAGCACCGUCAGAUAACCUUCCAGUUACUGUGCACAGUUGGUGAGAAGCAAAAUAUUCAGGUUUAGGUCACUUUGUGUCCUCUUGCCACUGGUCACUUAGGGGAAGAUUAGCUCCCAGACUAUGUCUUACUGUCUUCAUGCUCAUAACACUUUCCUCUUCAUGAUAUGUAGCAGUAUUUUGUUUUUGUUUAACAUGGUGCCUCAUGUUUCUCUUGUCCUGGUUAAGGGCUGUUACAAAAUGCCCAUAUCUAUGACCUCCAGUGGUUUAACUUCUCAUCUUGCUCAGUGACGUAUCAGUGUGAUCCAGGUCAUAUCAGUAUCAUUACUGGGCCUAGUUCCUGAUGUGACAGAUCCAUGGAUGUAUUAAAGGAACCAAAUAUGAUCUGAAAGUCUGUACCCACUCACCUAAAUGAAAAUUGCUCAUAAGCAAAACAAAAGGUUUUCUAGCUUCCAGAUUUGUUUCCAUUUUGUGUGGUCUGCCCUGUGUGCUCCUGCUUGGUCCAUAGGCUUGACAUUGUGAUGAAAAUGAAACACAUUUCUAGCCUCUGAGAAAGUUUUACAAAUAUUGAUUCAAAAGUGAUAGUAGAAAGAGUGAAAACAGUUCUUCUCUGCAGUAGGGGGCAUUGUAUUAACUGGAAAAUGCUUUUUGGGUCACAGGGGAUUCUUUGCAAUACUGCAAGUGACUACAGGUGGGAGUAAACUGGCAGCAAAACAGAGUCAUGCAGCUCUCUUAAAACAUCCAUGGACAGAACACAUGUCUGACCACACCCAACCAAAGGUUAAACUGGCUUUAAACAUUCAACCUCAGAGGACAUAAUGCUGCAAUUCAGCCUCUUUAAACAUAAUCCUUUAAUUUAGUGCAGCAGUUAUUUUCUCUUUGUCAUUUCAUUUGCCAAAUCUCAGCAGACUAGUGCCUACUUUUGGACAACAGCCCUGUGCCAUUGGUUAGCCUAAAUACUGGCCUACGUAUACACUGUGUGUGUGUAUACUGUAUAUGGAGAGCUUCUUUGAAUAUGCCCAGUGAAAUCAUUUUAAACUGCAUAAUGACUUUGUCACACCAGUAUUCAAAACAGCAACAUUUUGUGGCAUUUUAAAUUAAUUCCAAUGUGAUUGCUGUAAUUAGUGGAUUAAUUUGCUUAAUUUAAAAAGAAAAGCAUAAAAUGCCAGACAACAGCAGAUAGAAAAUAGAGAGAAUCUAUGGGUGCUAUUGUUACUGUUAGGGGGAUAUUUACUAAACCUACUGUAAAGGUCUCAGAUGACUAACAGCUGCCAUGCUGACAGCAGUGUCACAGAUGUUACACCUACUUCCUUCUGACAUUAAAUUUCAGCCACAGUUUCCUCUGUAGCUGCAGUGAUGUAUCAGGUGCUGAAAGUAUUUGUAUAAAUUUCCAUUCUCUCCUCCCUGAUUUUUGUGUCCCCCUGAGUGGGAAUGCCUUAAAAUACAUACAACAUACAAUGCGCAAAUUCCUGCAGUGCCACAUUUCUUCUGUUUCUACCCCGUAAAACCCCACUGCAACUCCUUAGUAAAUAUGAGCACACAACUUCACUGUUUAGCACCAGAAAAACCCCUUGGUCUGCCCAGCUGGUAUGUUAGUGCUUAGCUGAACAGGUUUCUACAGCCAGGCAAGUAGCCACUAUGUCACUAAGCUUCUAGGACCACAUAUUUUGGGAAGAUGCGCAUUCCUGUAACAAUUUGUGGUGUGACCAGACCUUAAAACGUCACAGUCCUGUCACAGGCUGACUAACAGCUAACCGACAGCAGCCUGAGACACAACAUAAAACCACCCAGCCAACAGUAGCUUUCUGGCUAUUGUUUUCUGUAUAUCUCCUGUAGCCUACUAGCAUGAACCAUAGCUUAGCUACCAACCACCAGGGCAGUUUGCAGGGUAGAUUACUGAUUAGUUUUGCAGUUGCAGCAUGUCAUACAAGCUAACUGCAAGAAAAAACAAUGCUAACAAAGAUGCUAUCUGUACUUAGCUUGUCAGCUGCAGUUACCUCAGCGACUUGAUUUACAUUGGUGUCCAAGCCCCUGCCAGCUCAGCUGCCAGUCAGACACGUACACCAGUAUGCCCACUCCGAGGCUUGAAGGGUAACGAGUGUGUGUGCUGUGUCUCCAAAGACCUUUGUUUAAUUAUAAAUAUAUUAAUGAUAAUUUUUUUUUAAAAUCUGUUUUGUGUUUUAUGACACCAGUCUAUAUGUUGCUGAAGUGUGUCUCAUGUCUUGCAGAGCCAGUUGACUCUACAUGAGGAUCAUAUAGGACUGUUCAGCCAUUUCUUCACACUGCUUUAUGUGUUGCAUUUACAAGUAAACAGCUCAUUUCAUUCUGUUGUGGCACAGAUACCCUCUACCCAUAACAGAGUGAACACACAGAAUAACAUUCCUCCGGUUGAAGAUAUGUUUAGUCUCACAGUUUCCCAAAAACAUCAUAUUUUACAAUUCUGUUAAUUGUUUUGUUUUUAUAGUACAUUAGUACAAUAAUGUGUGUGAAUCCUGUUUUAUUGUACUUUAUAUAUUGGUGCUAUCAAACUGGGCCUCUGUUUUCUGAGGGUACAGUAAAUGAUGAACAGCUAGAUCAUGUAAACUAAGAGUACACUUGACCUGAGUAAAGGAAUUCAUGUGCUUUGUGUGUUCAAUUAUAAUAAAGGUUUGAAUUACGGA